AUGAGGUUUGGAGGAGGAGAUUCCAGGAGACAGGAAGUUACUCUAGGAGAACUGGACAGGGCCGUAGAAGGUCCUCAAGCCAUCAGCAGGACUGGUGUCUGCUUCUUUCUCCAAAGGAUGAACAGGGCACCUAUAUUUGACUUAAUUGUAAAGUACACUUGUGUGUUUAUAGGUCCUGGUGGGGUUUACCCAUAUGGAUAUGGCCCAUUUCCUGGUAGCACCGGAGCUGCUGGAAUUGGAACUGGUGUGUUACCUGGAGCCAAACCUCUGAAAGCCCCUGGUGUUGGAGGAGCAGGCAGUGUCGCAGGUGUAGGGGCAGGACUCGUACCUGGAGCAGGUGGAGGGUAUCCAUCAGGUGUUGGUGUGGGAGCUGGGGCUAAACCACCUAAACCAGGCUAUGGCUCUUUGGGUACGGGAUACGCACAGCAAGGUGGUGUAGCUCCAGGAGGAUACGGAGGAUAUCCACAUGCAUAUCCAGGAGGAUAUGGAGCAGGACUGUCACCACAACAAGCCAAAGCAGCCAAAUAUGGAGGUGGACUGACGGGAUUCCUGGGAGCAGGUUAUCGAGGAGGAGCCGGCUGCCAAGGAAAAUACUGCGGGAGGAGGAGAAAGUAAAGGAUCUCUUGAGAUGUGAAGUGACCUCAAGAAACAUGGUGCUACUGCAUGCUCCAGAAUGUACUUUUGAUACUCAAACAAAAAACCCCAACAUGCACAAGUGUUUUGUACUGAUAGUAUUUUUUUAACAAGUCAAGAUCCCCGAAUCAUCUAGUGUUCUGUGAAAAUAAUUCUAAUCCUAAUGGCACAUCCCAUCACCUUACUGUUUCCUAUUAUAACCGGGUUGAUUAGCUGGCAAUGCUGUUGUGUAACUGCAAACGUUUUAACCACAACCUCUUAUUUGUGGAUGUUUCUGAGACCACCCGAAGCUCUUUUGCUUUUCGCAGUCACGAUCUGGCGCUCUAGACUCUUUCACAUCCUCCAGUGUCCUCGCAGACUCCUGAAUGAACGCGUCCUGUCAUUCUGCUGAAAUACUUCACAUCUGGCUGUGCUUCAGCUCAGGGGUUUGCCUGUUAGUUUACCCUUCAGCAGCUUUAUGAUUACAGUGCUUUACGGGUGACUCUCUCUCACACACACACACACA